GCUCAGGCUCUGGCGCAGGGUCUGGAGGGAGAUCUCCUCGUGCUUGACUUGGAUCGGCGACAGUUUGGGGAAGGCGGGAGCUGGGGGAGACAGGGCGAGAAUGACAGUCUCAGGGCCGUCUGGGAUGUAGGUGUCGACGAGGUCCUGAGAGUCGAAUGCGUGAACUUGGCCUUGACAGGCAGCCACGAUGGAUGGGGGGAGGACGGGGAGGGACAAGAGGUCGAAACUGAGGUCCCUAGGGCAGCAGAGGCCGGCUUAUAUACAGGGGAAGAUGAGGGCAGGCUGUGCGCACUGGUCCGUGCGCAGCUGGUCCAUGCACAGCAUGCUGACGCAGCCCCGGGGGCCAUAGAUAACGACGCGUCCAUAUCGGGC